AUGACAGUCAACACGGGCGAGGCAAGCGUGCGCCGGCGCCGUCGUGGUUCCUCGAGCUCCAACGAUGGUCAAGACUCCAACGGCCUCCUGGAUACUGUCAAGAAUGUGGAAGGCAAGAUAGAAGACGCUCUUCUUUGGGCUUGGGAUGAACUUCCCGACUGGCGCAAAGACAACGCCUUCAUUCAUACCGGCUACCGACCCACAAGCAACAGCUACCGCUUAUCCUUCGCGAGUAUUUUCUCUAUUCAUAAUGAAACUGUCAAUGUCUGGACGCAUCUCCUCGGCGCCAUCAUUUUCUCCACGCUAGGAGCCAUUGCGUACUCAUUCUACGAGGCCAUCAUUGCGCCACGGUAUGCUACUGCCACCUGGGAAGAUUGGCUCGUCUUUGGCUGCUUUUUCAUGGGCGCUUUCUUAUGCCUUGGGAUGAGCGCGACUUACCACGCGAUCUGCAAUCAUUCGCCGGAGGUGGCCAAGUGGGGGAACAAGCUCGACUACACGGGUAUCGUGUGUCUCAUUAUGGGCAGCUACAUGCCCGCGUUGUAUUAUGGCUUCUACUGCAUGCCCAAGCUGAUGGAGCUUUAUCUCAGUCUGAUCUGGGUCUUGGGCCUGGGAUGUCUCACCGUCUCCUGGUUCGAGCACUUCCGCACGCCGGAAUGGCGACCGUAUCGUGCGCUCAUGUUCGUCGCCUUGGGUGUAUCCGGAGUGGUCCCUAUCAUCCACGGCCUGACGAUAUACGGUUACGAAGAGCUGAACGAGCGUAUGGGCCUUGCCUGGGUUUCCUUGCAGGGUGUCUUGUACAUUUUGGGAGCCUUCCUUUACGCCCUGAGAUGGCCUGAACGGAGUUGGCCAAAGACCUUUGAUAUAUGGGGCUCUUCACACCAGAUUUUCCACAUCCUGAUCGUGCUUGCUGCUGCUACGCAUCUGUAUGGGAUGACUAAAGCAUUUGAUUACCAUCAUGGACCGUUCGGAGCAAGGUGUUAG